GUGAAACUAAAUGCUGCAAUUUCAUUGGACAAAACUGUUGGAAAAGGUCACAGUAGGCAGUGUUGGUGCCUGUGUUUUAAACGCCUAGUCAGUGCGAUAUUUGUAGUAGCUUGUAUUUGUUGCGGCAACAAUGUCUACGGUUCACGUUUUCCACAUGGAGAUGACUUGUGAAGGCUGUGCAGGGGCAGCGAAACGUGUUCUUGGCAAACUUGAAGGUGUAAGUGACAUUUUAACUGACGUUGAGACUAAGAAAGUCACUGUGAAAUCAUCGUUACCGGCUGAUGCCAUCUUGGAAGCUCUGAAGAAAACAGGAAAAGAAUGCAAAUACAUCGGUGUUCAACAGUGA